AGUAUUAUUCUGUUCAUCUGAUUGUAUCUGGAUUGGAUUCGAACGUGGCGCGACGGACGAUGGGACAUCCCAGCCGUAGCGAAGCGCUCAACAAGCUGUACUCGAUUGCUCUAGACAAAUGCUUUGAAGCGGGAAGCGAUGGAGAGCAGCUGUUUAGGUCGUCCUUCUCCUUUUUGCCGCCGGCGCAGGUUCAAAGCUUGUGGCGUCUUCACUCUGGGUUGUUGAUGGACAGCGCGGCUCUGUUGAAGGUAGAAGUCAACAGAUACUGUGAGGCACAACAUGUCACAGAUGCGCUGGAUCUUCUCGAUCGUCUCUGCGAGCAGCAAGGACUUAGGCAAGCGGAUAGAGAUGGCGGCGGCGCGCAUGGUCUGCGCGGCGGCGGCGGUAAUGGGGACAGCAGAUUUGCAAAUGACUGGGAAUCAGGACUAGCGCAGAUGCGGAGGGUAAAGAUGAAAAUUGCGGCAGAAGAGAGGGACACUCUCGAGCAACUAGUAGAACAGGUGGAAAGUCAUAACCGGCUUCUGGAAAGACGAGCUAAGGAUGUCCAGGCGGAGAUGGAAGCAUUAGGACAGGUAACGAAAAAAAUCGACGAGGAGUUGGCGAAGGAGUGGACGGCGCCGUCAAUACGCAGAGAGGAGCAAAAAGGAGGGGAGGAAGAGGAAGAGGAAGAGGGGGGGGAGGAAGGUCUGUGUAGUUGUAGGGGUCUGUCAAAUAGGAGUCACAGCUCUGUAGAGGUCGUAGCUGUAGAUGUCCUGAAAGGUCAAGGUCGUAGCUGCUACAGUCCUCAAAAGGCCAAGUCCACAGACUUCCGGAAGGUCCGGAAGUGGCCUUUCGAAGUUGUCUCGCGUUUAGCCAGAGACAAGUGGGCAAGUGGUGAGCCCAACAGCACUGUGUCGGCAGUGCGACUGCAUCGAGUCGGCAGUGCAAUCCCUGAGGGUGCUGCUGCUUCUUAUGAUGGACAUGGGGAUGCUUAUGCAGCUGCUGCUUUUGAUGAUGGAGAUGGAGAUGGAGAUGCUUCUGAUGACGAUGACCAUGAUGCUGAUGAUGAUAAUGGAGAAGCUGCUGCUGCUGCUGCUGCCGCUGCCGCUUCUGAUGAUGGAGAUAGAGAUGGAGAUGCUUCUGCUGCUGCUACUUCUGACGAUGAAUAUGAUGCUGCUGCUGGUGCUGAUGAUGAUCCUGAUGAUGAUGAUGAUGGAGAAGCUGCUUCUGCUUCUGAUGAUGGAGAUGGAGAUGGAGAUGCUUCUGCCGCUGCUCCUUCUGAUGAUAGAGAUGGCGAUGCUGCUGCUGCGGCUGCUGCUGCUGCUGCUGAUGAUGAUGAUGAUGGACAAGCGAAGUGAAGAGGAGGGUGGUGAUGGAGAUGAGAGGUCCAAACCCUUGAGAUGUCAGAACUGAGUAAGACCUCUCAAAGU